AGCAAUUGCACCACUACCGGAUAGAGGAGCCCAGCUGAGACACAGCACAAGGAAGUUUCUGUUGUGUAGGGAAGCUUGGGUUUUGCUACUUCAAGAGAGUCUGCACUCAAUUAGUGUAAUUUUUGAGUCAUGGCCUGAAUGAUUCAGACAUUAUCAAGUUAAGCUACAAAUGGCGAAAGACUGUGACGACUGUCAAAUAGAUUAGAGUGGAGGCCAAUGGUUCAGAAUAUGAGCUCUGUGCGAACAGUUUUCUAGAAACAUCUUGAUUAUCAAGCCUAGAGGAAAACUCUGAAGGCAUACAAUGACCAUGUCAUCCAGCACCUUCACUUUUUGAUCCAUACCAAAGACAAAGAGAAGCCAUACUGAAACAACCAUGGCUACUUCAGACAGCAGCUGGCCUGGGGUCCAGGCUAUAACAAACCACAGCAUUCCACUGCCACAGAAUCUCUCUGGGUCUUCAAGUUCCAAUAACUGUACCAUGGAUGAAAAAUUACUUUCCCGUGUGUUAACAGUAUUCUAUUCUGUUAUAUUCAUCGUGGGACUGGUUGGGAACAUAAUUGCCCUGUAUGUAUUUUUGGGUAUCCACCGCAAAAGAAAUUCUAUUCAGAUUUACCUUCUUAAUGUAGUCAUUGCAGACCUCUUACUUAUCUUCUGUCUCCCUUUCCGGAUAAUGUAUCACAUAAACCAAAACAGGUGGACACUAGGCGUGCUUCUUUGUAAGGUUGUGGGAACACUAUUUUAUAUGAACAUGUACAUUAGCAUUAUUUUGCUUGGAUUCAUCAGUUUGGAUCGCUACAUAAAAAUUAACCGGUCUAUACAACAACGGAAGGCAAUAACAACUAGACAAAGUAUUUAUGUUUGUGGUACAGUAUGGACAUUAGCUCUUGUUGGAUUUUUAGCUAUGAUUACUUCAACGCUUAACAAAGGAGAUAAUUCCACAAUGUGUUUCCACUAUAGAAGUAAAGAGGAUGCAAAAGGAGAAGCCAUUUUUAACUAUGUUCUCGUAGUCAUGUUCUGGCUAAUUUUCCUACUAAUAAUCCUUUCAUAUAUUAAAAUUGGUAAGAAUCUGUUGAAGAUUUCUAAAAGGAGGUCAAAAUUUCCAAAUUCUGGUAAAUAUGCCACUACAGCUCGCAAUUCCUUUAUCGUUUUGAUCAUUUUUACUAUCUGUUUUGUUCCCUAUCACAUCUUUCGAUUUGUUUAUAUUUCUUCACAGAUGAAAAGCCCUCCUUGCUAUUGGAAGGAAAUUGUUCACAAUACCAAUGAGAUCAUGCUGGUAUUCUCAUCUUUCAAUAGUUGCUUAGAUCCAGUCAUGUACUUCCUAAUGUCCAGUAACAUCCGCAAACUAAUGUGCCAACUUCUUUCUAGACGAUUUCAAGGGGAAGCAAGCAGGAGUGAAAGCACUUCAGAAUUUAAACCUGUAUACUCCUUGCAUGAGACAUCUGUCUCAGCUAAAAUUCAGCCUACUUCGUAAAGCACUUUCAGUAAGCAUGUGAUGAUCAAAAGCACAGCCUCUGAAUUCCUAGAACUAAAAACUAGAAAAGUGCUGCCUUUGACAAGGCUGAGAUCUUCUCCAAGCUCUUCUUUGUGGUACUUCAUUUGCUUACUUAUAAACUAUUCCAAGAGAAAGAAACCCUUAAACUCACCCCUAGAUCUUAAGUCUGCAUGUAAAAAUAUGUUCAAAAUAGAUUGGUUAAGCUAAUACUCUUAACAUAGAUUAUUACAAAGUUAAGUGAAAUGUAUGGUUUUAACACAGGAAUUGUUAAAAAUAUUUCUCAAUUCACUAAGGUAGUUAUUAAGAAUCAAGGACUUAGAAUUAAUUAAUUGAUUUAAGUGUGUUUAAAACUAAAUAAUUUGAGAACCAACUGAGAAUGUUAAAAAAUAUAUAUGCUCGUGUCAUCUUAACAGCUUGUACAUUUGUCACUGUAUUCAUUUAUGACUAAAGCUUAUAGCAGAUAAAA